AUGCCUUUCUUCGGACGCAAACGGUCCCAAUGGCCACCAUCUCCCGUGGUGGAAAGCGAAACCGAGUCACUCUCUCGGGAACUCCACGGACUAUCCAUGUUGGGAGAAAACCCCGGAGUCGAAGGUGUCUGUGCCCGAGGAACCAUUGACCAGUACCCGGUGAUCCAGGAUGUGCCUUUCUCCCAAGCCUCUAAUGCCGAUGAAAAUGGUCGGGAUGACGCUGGCCGCCGGGACAGUUCCUCAGAGGAUAGCCCAGGACCGGCGACGCCGCCCCCGGUUUUCCCUCAGGAUCCUGUGCUCCAUGUCGUGGAUGACUCUCUUGAUGAACUGUCUAAAAGGCCUAUUGCGCCGAAUCCCUUGCCGGUCAAGGAGAGGGUAUCCAGAGCCCCGUCGUAUAGAAAGCAGCAACAGCCUGCAGACCAAAGUCGUCAGAGAUCGUCAUCUCGCCAUCCGGCCCCCAGCGUUCAGAUUGUGAAUGGGUCGAAGAGCUACCAUCGAACAGGUCUGAGUCGAGUCACUUCCCAAGACGCCACCCGGAAACCAUCGGCGCGGCGUGCCCAAGCCCCUGUCGCAACGCCAGAUGCGACCACCGCCCCUGUCCUUCCUCGACGCUCUGGUAGCGUAAGAGAUGGACGUCCUACCGAACGUUUGGAGACUCAAACUCAAAGAUCCGUUUCAACGACCGGCUAUGUCUCUGGUUCGGCCACGACGAAUGCGCAUCCAUUGCGCGAGAAGAAACCGGUUUCGCAGGCAAAUCCGAAACCUACUGGAGGACCAUCGAACAUGUCAGAUCUGGCUGAAAGGUUGGAGGAAAAACUGAGACACCGACAGAAGCUUCGAGAGUCGGGUGCCUAUUUGCAAGGCGAGACGCUUCCUUCCACCCAGCAUUCAGGGAACGAUCGGCCCAUUGAGCCUCCCGUGAUUCAUCAGAGCACCAUUCCACCGAGGUCGACUGCUUGGUCAACUUCUCAAUCUCGCUCUAGAGCUUCAUCAUCCGCGUCAAAGCCAAUCCCUCGUGGCCUUGUUCCGGAGAACAAUCCAUUCUCUGCUUCAUUCUCCGCAGCGACAACUGAUACCACCUCGGCUACAUCAGCUCAGCCGGCGGCCAAACGGACAGUAUCAUUUUUAGACGACGGACAACAACCACUCCAGCGAUCCAGAUCCGGUAGACGGACAAGUCCCUCCAAAGAAGCUGUGCGCCAAUCCUCUCCCGAAGGUCCCAGUCCCUGUCUUCUACCUUGUCCCAGGUCUGUUUCUAUGACAGGCCAUCAAGACUGGUCCACAAUCAAGGGGAUGACCCACCUGGACAUCUGCCCGUCGUGCGUGAACCAGAUGCGCAACUCCAGAUUCCGCGAUUUGUUCAUCGCGGCUGCGCCCAAACCGCGCGGUCUGGAAGUCCGUUGCUCGUUCAGUGAACCUUGGACGCGACUGGCCUGGAUGCAGACGAUCAAGAAGCAGUACGAGACUCUCGACAUACUCGACCAGGUCACUCGUCCACCUCCCGGAAGCAAGCCUUGUUCCGGACGCACCAUCAGCGAACAAUACUGGUACCGGAUCAUCGACCCUGAGACGGGCAUGUACCUCCCAAAAUUCAACGUUUGCUCCGCCUGUGUGCGUAACCUGCGGAUCCUGAUGCCGCAGCAUCGCGAGACGUUCAAGAGAAGCACUGCAUUACAAGAACGGGCGUGUGAUUUAGUGUCGGACAGUCCACGGUUCAUCCAAUACAUCGACCAGCUAGACAUUGCAGCGAACCGCGCCGAGCUGGACCAAUCAGCUCGGCCCAACGUGACCGACUUUCUGGCUUACGCGCGCCGCAAAGUCGUGCUUCGAGACUGUCGCCGGGACCGCCUGAUCCUCAGCAUGUGGUACUACAUGCCGCAGCUGCCCGAGUUCACGGUGUGUGAGGACUGCUACGACGACGUGGUAUGGCCGCUGGUCAAAUCGAAGAAGCCCAUUGCACGAAGCUUCUCCACCAUGAUGCGGCUGGUGCCAGGCGAUGGACAAUCCCGGUGCCGGGAAGCCAGUUGCCAGCUAUAUUCGCCUCGCAUCCGGGCGAAAUUCACCGACGCCGUGCAGCGGAACGACUUGACUUAUCUCAAGCUAGUGGCGCUGAAACGAUACGACGAGGAGCAGCACUUCCGCGAACAGCGGGAGAGGCUGCUUGAGGAUGAGCGAAAGGGUUAUGACUGUGAUGCUGAGCUGCGGAGGACGUUGCUGGAGUGGAAGCGCUGGGAGUGA